GUUGUAUUUGUUGUCUUUUGCAGCUUCUUCACAUUAUUAUAGUCAUACCUAAUCUCCUUUCACCGUGCAUCUGAGGAUUCAGACUAAAUCAGGAUGUUGACUGCAGCUCUUAUUCUCAUUGUCACCAGUAAUGUUGUCCUAGGAAAGGUAAGAUUGAUUUAUGCGUCUGUAUAUUAUUGUACAAGCAUAAUGACAUUAUUACUAAAGUUAUUAUAAUUUUGGAUAUAGGAUGACAGCAUUCCAUUGGAUAUGGCAGAGAAUUCAGUUGAUGACCAGUAUAAUGGCUGUGCAGCCGACAUGAACAACUUGGUGGAGAAUGAAAACUAUCUAAACAAAGAAAGGAAAGCUAACAUAGGCUUUAAAAAUGCUUGGGGGGAAGGUCAAAAAAGAACCAAGGAUAAACAACUAAAAACCUUAACUAGAAACCAUUUAAUUGCCAUUUAUGUGUAUACUGGUGUUAAAGGAGGCCUACAUAAAAAAUUCAAUCAGGAUGUUAGGACCGGUAGAGAGAAAUACAAAAACAAUAAAUUCUCAUGGUAUACACUUUACUUUUGGUUGACACGAGCGAUACAGACUCUUAAGAAAACACAAAAUGGAUGCAUAUCAACUUAUCGUCGUACCAGUGUUACAUUUGAUGGUGUCAAUAACAAAGAGAUUCGUUUUGGCUCAUUUGCGUCCUCCUCUCUUGAGCGUGAUGUAGGACAUACGUUUGGAAAUGAAUCUUGUUUUGAAAUUGAGACUUGUUACGGUGCUGAUGUGACAGACUACUCCUGGUACCGUGAUCAGAAAGAGGUGUUGAUUCCCCCAUACGAGAAAUUUAAAGUCACUGAUAUCAGGAAAGGUAAGAAGGAUGACUGGUGUAAGACUGUGUUUGUGUUGAAUAGCACUGGUAUAAAAAGUAACCUAAACUGUAAAUUGUGCAAGAAAAUUAAAUAGCACACUGUCAUUAUCUCUGAAUGAUCAGCAUUUACAUAUUAUCAUUUUUCUUUGAUAUAUUAAGCAAGCUUUCAGGAUUGCAGCUUAAAUGACACAAAUGAGAAUCGAUUUUUUUUAUCACAAGCAGAAUUAAAUGCAGCUUAA